UCAACUACCCACACAAAGAGUGUGUGUGAGAGAGAGAAACACCAAAGUUUUCGAGAGAGAGAAGAGAGAGAGGUUUGAAGUUUGAGAGAGAGAGAACGAUGGCUUUAACAGAGAGCACAUAAAGGAAAACCAAGCUGUAAGUUUAGCAGAGAACCCAAGUUGUCACAGAGAGAGAGAUUGUGGGUAAGUUGUUCAAUGGAGUCCAUGAAUGGUUUGGGUUGUUCUGGUACUUGUGCUACAUUUAUUGGGUUCCAUGGAAGGAUGUUCAAGACCAAGCCUUUGCAUUUUUGUAUCUUCUUCCCCAGUUCUCCAUGGCCUAAGCCCAUAUAUCUGAAUAGCAAUAAUGUAGUGAGAGAGAGUUCAAAUAGGAAAAUUUCUUAUUGCACAAUUACUCUUCACGAGCAACCACAAGGAGAAGAAUUUGUAGAUGAGGAGGACUUCAUAAAAGCAGGGGGAACAGAGCUCCUCUAUGUUCAAAUGCAGCAAAAUAAGCCCAUGAACGAUCAACCCAAGAUCGCUGAUAAGUUGCAAUCCAUUCCUUCAGGGGAGAUUCUACUGGAUUUGGUAGUUAUUGGAUGUGGUCCAGCUGGUCUCUCACUUGCUGCUGAAUCAGCCAAGGAAGGCUUGAGUGUUGGACUUAUCGGACCUGAUCUGCCAUUUACAAAUAAUUACGGUGUCUGGGAGGAUGAAUUUAAAGAUCUGGGACUUGAAGGGUGCAUUGAACAUGUUUGGCAGGAUACUGCAGUUUAUUUGGAUAGUAAUGAGCCUCUCCUUAUCGGUCGUUCUUAUGGUCGUGUUAGUCGAAAUUUACUACAUGAAGAGUUAUUAAGACGGUGUUUCGAGCAUGGGGUUACAUACAUGAAUUCUAAAGUGGAAAAAAUUAUUGAAGAGUGUGAUAGUCACAGUAUUGUUGUUUGCGAAAACGAAGUGGUUGUUCCUUGCAGGCUCGCUGUUGUUGCCUCAGGGGCAGCUUCUGGCAAACUUUUAAAGUACGAGGCCGGUGGUCCAAGAGUUAGUGUGCAGACUGCUUAUGGUAUUGAGGUUGAGGUGAAAAAUAAUCCCUAUGAUCCCAGGUUAAUGGUUUUCAUGGACUACAGAGAUAGCAUGAAUGAUGAAGUUCAAUAUCAGAAUUCAGAGUUUCCAACUUUUCUUUAUGUCAUGCCAAUGUCAUCCACAAGAGUCUUCUUUGAGGAAACAUGUUUAGCUUCUAGAACUGCCAUGCCAUUUGAUCUAUUGAAGGAAAGACUGCUACAGCGCUUGGACAAGAUGGGCAUUGAAGUUUUGAGAACUUAUGAGGAGGAAUGGUCAUACAUCCCUGUGGGUGGAUCCUUGCCUAACACUGAUCAGAAGAAUCUUGCGUUCGGUGCUGCUGCUAGCAUGGUUCAUCCUGCCACAGGCUACUCAGUUGUACGCUCCUUAUCUGAGGCCCCAACAUAUGCUUCCGUGAUUGCUAAUGUACUAAAGAAAAGUGUCCAAAGUAAAGAUAUAAUACUAUAUGAUAGGCUUAUAAAGCGGGUGUCCUUGCAAGCAUGGGAAGCACUUUGGCCACAAGAAAGGAAGCGUCAAAGGGCAUUCUUUCUUUUUGGUCUAGAGUUGAUUUUACAAUUGGACGUUGAAGGUAUCAGAGUAUUCUUCCAGACCUUUUUCAGUUUACCUAAUUGGAUGUGGAAAGGAUUUCUUGGUUCCAAACUUUCAUCGUUGGAACUCAUAUGGUUUUCUUUUUAUAUGUUUCUGAUUGCUCCAAGCAGUAUGAGAAUCAGCUUGGUAAGGCAUCUUUUGAUUGAUCCAAGUGGAGCAGCGUUGGUGAGAGCAUAUCUUAGCCUAUAAAUUUUUUUACUUCAACUUUAAUUAAAAUGUAGGAUCCCUGGAUAAGUUAACGGUGUAAUGGAGGAUCGGAUGUUGUUGCGGCAUCCACCUCCUAACCACCUGUGCUUGACGCC